AUGGCCCUGAAUGGCAAGACUGCUGCUAAUCCCCUCAGAUCACCUAGGCUGAGGCUCGAUUCUGGCCGGUUCACUCGUGGCUCCGAGCAGGACCGGAAAGACGUGGCUGCUCAAAUCGACCAAAGUCUGCGUGAGUUCACAUAUUGCCAGGUUCAACUUGAACCUGAUACCUUGCGCGGCAUUCUUCCCAACUGGAAGAUACAGAGUCGCAAGCUCUUCGACCUCGAGGAAUCGGUGAAAUCGUUGCUCUCUCCGACGUCGAAACACUCCCUCGGGUAUUCUGCCCUGGGAACGGACAAAGUGCGUGGCGAGAUUCCCAUCUUAAACGAGUCGUAUACUUGUGAUGCCGGGCCCCGGACCAACUGGCCCGACGAAAAUCUCUUGCCGGGGUUUCGUGGUUUUGCAACGCACCUCCACAUGGUAUUGUCCGACGUCCUGUGCGACCUCAUUGACUGUUUAUCGAUCACGAUGGACCUACCACCGGGUCAACAUUUGAGCCAAAGCCACGACUGCUCCGAUUUCCGCUUAGGGUUCCUUCAUUACCCUUCGAUUGCCUCUGAAGCGAUUCCAUUUGGUCCUGGUCCUGGUCCUGGUCCUGGUAUUCAGCGCAAUCCGACACAUAUCGAUUCGGGAACCUUGACCCUGUUGUUAUCGGACGGCAGCGGUGGACUUGAGGUCGCGGACAGGAGAGAGACGGUUGAGACGAGAAGCAGUUGGUUUGACAAGCAUGGGUUGUUCGCCCCGGUUGAUCCCCAAGACGAUCUGGUCACCGUCCUUACGGGCAAUAGGCUGAAAAAGAUCAGCGGCGCUCGAUGGAAGCCAACGGUGCACAGGGUGGUAGCCAUAUACCCUACAACCUCGCCGGCGGAAGAGUCGACCGCAACCCACGCCGAGAUGCCCGAACGGUACAGUGUGGCCCUUUUCAGCUCUUCCAAGGCCAAGGCCACUACAGCACAUGCCGACAGUCGGGAUAGAACUAUUCCACCAUCCUCCUCGUCCUAA